AUGAUUGCUGCUGUGCGGGAACGUUUGCAGACUGCCUUUUCUUCAUCUUUACGAGUCAUGGUCGCCGCCUACGAGCAACUGCUCCUCUUUGGAGACUCCAUCACCCAAGCUGGCGCGGUUGAGGAUGGCUUCGGCCUGACUGCGCCGCUACAACAUGCCUACCAGCGCCGCCUUGAUGUUGUCAAUCGAGGAUUCAACGGUUAUAACACGGAAAGGGCUUUGCAAGUGCUGCCGAGACUCGUUCCGGCGGCCAGCGAGGCCAAAGUGCGCUUGAUGACCGUCUUCUUCGGUGCCAACGACGCCUCACUCCCUGAAAGUACUAAUAAACAGCACGUGCCGCUGGACCAGUAUACGGAGAACCUGAGGACGAUAUGCACGCACGAGGCGGUCAAGGCCCAAAAUCCCAGCAUGAUCAUCAUUACACCUCCUCCCGUCAAUGAGUAUAAGAUGGAGAUGAACGAUCUAGCCAAGGGGUAUAGAGCGCUCCAGCGCACGGCCGAGCAUACGCAAGCCUAUGCAAAUGCCGCGCGCAAGGUAGGCGAGCACCUCGGCAUACCCGUCCUAGAUCUUUGGACUAUUUUUAUGACCAGAAUCGGCUGGGUAGCGGGGGAGCCACUGCCUGGGUCCAAGAGUACCGAGAGGCACGCCGUGCUCGAGGAACUCAUGUACGAUGGGCUUCAUUUGUCACCCAAAGCGUACGAGAUUGUGGUUGAGGAGCUGAUGGGCUUGAUUGCGAGGGCGUAUCCGGAGCAGGUACCCGUGAAGCUCCCGUAUGUCUACCCGGACUGGAAAGACACGGAGCGGUGGGCGAGGUUCUGA